AGGAGCUCUCCGCCGGGACAGAGGAGCCAUAAAGAGCCGGGGAGGGAGGGGAUGAGAUUUCUCGCUGCCCAAUCCCCCUUUUCCCCCGGGAGCCGCAGCCUUCCACGGUCCGUCCCUCCCUCUUGUUUGCUAAUCAUUUCAUUUUACUCCUUUUUGAAGCAGUGGCUUGUUUUUUUAUCCCACUUUUCAUUUUUCCACAAUCCGCGGCUGCUCGCCUCCCUCUGAUCCCCGGCUCUCCCCGCUCCGUUCUCCCGGCGUCAGACUCUCCGGAUCCCGGCUGAUUCUCCUCCGUCUCUCCUCCUCCUCUCCCUCUGCUCUCGUCUCUCUCUCUCGGCUCCUCUGAGAUGCUCUCCCCGCUCUCCGCUCCUCUCUCCGCCCUCUUUUAACUUCACAGAGACGCCGCUUUAAAGCCCGGGCUGCUGCGAGCCGGGGCUGGGAUCUAAAACAACCCCGAAGAAACCCAGAGGGAUCCGGGGCUCUUCUCUGGAUCAGGACCCGGUGCUUUGGGGAAGCUGCUCGUGUGUCCCCCACCCCUCCUCCUCCCCUCCUUCCUCCUCCUCAUCGCUCCUCUUUUCUCCACCUUAAUCCAGGUGGUCCUUUGGCUUUUUUGAGUGGCUGGUACAGGGAGGAUUAUUCUUCUUCUUCUUUCUUGUUUCUGGUGAAGACAAAGCUCCCAGAAGGACACUUUGAUGUUCUCCAUCCAGGACAGCCUCCCCCGGGGGGCCCUGACCAUGAAGGAGGAGCCGCUCCCCACCGGCAUGACCCCGGUCCGCUCCUGGAUGCAGGGCGCAGGGAUUUUGGACGCCAACACAGCGGCACAGAGUGGAGUGGGUUUAGCCCGAGCUCACUUCGAGAAGCAGCCUCCGUCCAACCUGAGGAAGUCCAACUUCUUCCACUUCGUGCUGGCGCUGUACGACCGACAGGGUCAGCCGGUCGAGAUCGAGAGGACUUCCUACGUAGACUUCGUGGAGAAAGACAAGGUGACGAAUAGUCAGAAGACUAACAAUGGGAUCCACUACAGGCUACAGCUCCUCUACAGCAACGGCAUCAGGACAGAACAGGAUCUUUACGUUCGGCUGAUAGACUCCAUGACCAAACAGCCGAUCCUGUACGAAGGUCAGGACAAGAACCCAGAGAUGUGUCGCGUCCUCCUCACCCACGAGAUCAUGUGCAGUCGGUGUUGUGACAAGAAGAGCUGUGGGAAUCGCAACGAGACGCCCUCCGACCCCGUCAUCAUCGACAGAUUCUUCCUGAAGUUCUUCCUCAAGUGCAAUCAGAACUGUUUGAAAAACGCAGGAAACCCUCGAGACAUGAGGAGGUUUCAGGUGGUCGUUUCCACCACGGUCAAUGUGGACGGCCACGUGCUCGCCGUGUCAGACAACAUGUUCGUCCACAACAACUCCAAACAUGGCCGCCGUGCCCGACGCCUGGACCCCUCUGAAGCAGCCACGCCCUGCAUCAAAGCCAUCAGUCCGAGCGAGGGCUGGACGACCGGCGGAGCCACCGUUAUCCUCAUCGGGGACAACUUCUUCGACGGCCUGCAGGUCGUCUUUGGCACCAUGCUGGUCUGGAGCGAGCUGAUCACCCCUCACGCCAUCCGGGUCCAGACUCCCCCUCGUCACAUCCCCGGGGUCGUGGAGGUCACGCUGUCCUACAAGUCCAAACAGUUCUGCAAAGGAGCGCCGGGACGCUUCGUCUACACUGCCUUGAACGAGCCGACCAUCGACUACGGCUUCCAGAGGCUACAGAAGGUCAUCCCUCGCCACCCCGGGGACCCCGAGAGGUUACCUAAGGAGGUGCUGUUGAAGCGAGCAGCCGACCUGGUCGAGGCUCUGUACGGGAUGCCACACAACAACCAGGAGAUCAUCCUAAAGCGAGCGGCCGACCUCACUGAGGCUCUCUACAGCGUCCCCCGCAGCCACAACCAGCUGCCGUCUCUCACCGGCUCGGCCGCGCACUCGGGGAUGAUGGGAGUGAACUCGUUCAGCAGUCAGCUCGCCGUCAACAUCUCCGAGGCCUCGCAGGCUGACCAGGGUUAUUCCCGUAACUCGAACAGCGUGUCUCCUCGCGGCUAUGUGCCGAGCUCCACGCCUCAGCAGUCCAACUACAACACCAUCACGUCCACCAUGAACGGAUACGGAGCGGCGGGGAUGACCAACCUGGGCGUACCUGGAUCCCCCAGCUUCCUCAAUGGCUCCACUGCCAACUCUGCUUACGCAAUCAAACAGAAGAGCGCCUUCGCCCCUGUCGUGCGGCCACAGACCUCCCCGCCCCCCACCUGCACCACCACCAAUGGCAGCAACCUCCAGGCCAUGGCAGGUCUCAUCGUGCCCCCCAUGUGAGGAGGAUUCUCAGCCAGAUACCGUCAGACCCCUCCUGAACCGCAGUGCUGAUGGCACCUUCCACCUGAAACACCACAACAACAACAGCAGCAACAGCAGCAGCAGUGAAAAUCCUUCCCAUCAUCCCUCAGUCCAACCGACCCCGUCUGACCCAGGAUUGACUGUCACUGCCGCGGAGGGAAAAAAAAAAACAAGCUCCAGACAAAAAUCAUCCAUUAAUUCACCGUCACCAAACACGCUUGCUGUUUCUUUUUUCUGCUGAAGCCUCUGCAGACGUCAGCUCGGACCAUUUAACGAGAAAAAAAAAUAAAAAAAUCCGACAGCCGAAACAGGAAGAGUCUUCCCAGACGUCUGCGGUGGCUCCACGCCGAGGCAGCGCUCCGUCAGAGGAGGUCAGAGGUCAGGGAUGUGAACUGUGGCUGGGAGGGCAGGGUGUCGGCAGUACCACGUGUUGUGUGAGUAUUGCUGUGCUGAGUUUUUAAAACAGGUUAGUUUGACUUCAGAAGUCUGUGGAGACUGAACAGGUCUCAGAUCAGUUUGAACCACUGUGAGACAGGAAGGAGGCGUGUCCACCGAGAACUUCUGUUCCCUGUUAACUCAACCAUAGCACACUUUUUCUGACCAAGCUAGCUUGAUUAGUGUUAAAUUUAAAGGACUAUUCCUUUGGUUUUGUACAUUUUGGCCAUUUCAUUGACCAAAUCACAAAUACUUUACAAAUUCAGCUUCCGUUUGAUUCUAUUAAUUUGCACAAACAAUUAGAAAUUAGGCAAUGCUAUGUGUACCUUUUUGCUGUCGCUACAUAGCUAACGUUAGCAUUAACAGCUGUUUACUCACCAGUCAAGAAGAAACGUUGUGAGUUCAGCAUCAAACUUCAUUCCUUCACUCUCCAAGAGCUGUCCCCUGCAGGGGGAACCAACGCCAAUGUUAACGUCUUGAAAACAAUGGCUGAAGCUCUUGGUAAGUAAACAGCUGUUAAUGCUAACGUUAGCUGUGUAGCCAUAGACUCUUGAAACUUGCCUGAGUUGUGUAAUCCAUCAAAAAUAAUCUAUCUUUAAUGGACAGGCAAGUUUUACCUUCUCAAAGUAUGAAUCAUGUACUUAUUG